GGUUCAAUAUGGAGCACAGAACUUCUCCUGCUCCAUCCUUGCAAGCUCCAGUCUCUAGCUCUCAGGACACCGUGAGACUUCAGCAUCUUUACACCCUGGCUUUUGCAGAUAGGAUGAGACUUCUCCAACCCUUCUCUCCCUUCCCUCCUCUUCUAACACCUCCUAUGAUACCUAGGUUUGCUCCUCCUCCUGAUCUUGCCAUGUUUCCUAUGGCUAAACUUGAUCCACGCCUCUUUAGAAUACCAUUCCCUGAAGAACCUAAACCCCAGCACUCCUACAUAGGACUUAUAGCUAUGUCUAUUCUAAGCUCUGUGGAGAAGAAACUAGUGCUUGCAGAUAUUUAUCAAUAUAUUCUUGAUAACUUUCCAUAUUUCCGACACAGAGGACCUGGUUGGAGAAACUCAAUCCGACACAAUCUAUCUUUAAAUGAUUGUUUUAUCAAGGCUGGGAGAGCAUCUAAUGGUAAAGGACAUUACUGGGCAGUCCAUCCUGCGUGUCAACAAGAUUUCCAGAAAGGAGAUUUCAGCCGAAGAAAGGCUCAGAGACGGGUUCGGAAGUAUCUGGGUAUGAACGUGGGUUUGGAUGAAGAGGAUACUCCUCCCUCUUCUCCCGUCCUGGAUACCUCCGACAGGUUCGACUCCGAUGACAGUUUCAAGGUAGACUCUGGAUUUAUCAAGAUGGAACCCUCCUCCUCCUCCUCCUCCUAUACCUCAUAUGUGAUCCCAUGUUCUCCGACCAGAGAUCCAUCUCCACCCCCUGCUCCGAGUAAAACCCAGAGCUCCGAAACCUUGAAGAGAAGUUUCAGUUUUGGGAUAGAUUCCUUGCUCCAGAAAGAAGAUAAGAAACCUCGUUUGUAUCUCUUCAAAGGAGAAUAAAAUGAGAGGUUCUGUUCUUGAUGUUUCAACGUGAUAAUAAUUUUAUUUGACAAAUUGUAGAAUUUUAAUAAAUAAAUAUUUAAAUUCAA